UUUUAAAAUACACGCAAUAAAAAAACGCCGGUCAAAAAGCUACAAAAACUUUAUUCUUUAACACACAUUUAAAAGAUCAGCAUUUUACAUAUAUUUAACCGGAAAGUAAUGCGGUCGCUCCACACGAAUUUCUAAAACCCCCCAUCAGGACCGUUGUACUGUAAUACUGCGGUAGUACUACUACUUCCUUUACUACGCAGUAUUUUGUGUACUGCACUGCCUUUUGUCCUGCAUUUGUCCUGAGUGGAGGCGUUUACGGGGGUUUUCUGGGAAGAAAACGGAUCGGUCAGGUGAGGAGGUUCGACUUUACAUCUGAUUUGAACCGUUUGAUUCAUUGUUGCCCUCAACAGCUGGAGGUUCGGAGUGAUGGAUUUUCCCCUCAGUGCCAUGCCACCAAAGAGAAACUUCACAUCCAGUCCCACACACCCACAGGUGAAGAUGAUAAAGAUCGGAAGUGUUUCGGAUGCACAUGAGUUUCCCAACUUCUCAAUGGAGGAAAACUACCUGGAGGAAGAGCCAUCCAGCCACAUGCACCUCCUCAAGAAUGAGCCUGAAAGUAUCGACUUUGAUGAAGAAAAUCCUGGCAGUCCAGGCAUCAGAACAGACACCAUCAGCCUGUUGAUGAAAAUAGAGCAACUCCAGGCACAGCUGAAGUACGAGCGCAGAUGCAGACUGCUGGCAGAGAAGGAGCUAAGGGAACUCAGAGAGAUGAACAGCCUCAUGAUUCAGAUGAGGCACACCGCACACGAGCUAAGGGUUACCCUGGAUCAGGUUCUUCAAGGGGGCGAGGCAGCAGUUGCCCCACAAACAGCCGAUGAACCCGUCACGUUUAUAACAGAACCCGAGGCCCAGAUGAGAGCAGCUCCCAAUGUUUCAGAUGAAGAUCAUAAGUUUGUGUAUCUCUCAGAGACUCUUCGAGUGCCAAAGAAUCUCUAUGAGCGCAUUGCAGAAAUAGCAGAUUACAAGAAGUAUGUUUCAGCAAUGCUGAUGGUACUUUUUGACCGAGCCACUCUGGCUACGCAUUGCCUUCAGGCCCGCAAGACCAGCUUUGUGGGCGAGGAGAGCCACAAACCUUCACUGCCGCCUGAGAUUCUGAAAAGCCUGAUAGAUCACGUUGUGGAAAAGUUUUGCGUCGACAGCAGCCAAGUCAAAACUGCGAUCCGCACAAAGCUGAACAAUGAGGACAAGCUCUUCAAGAAGAGGCUGGGGAUAGGCAGAGCUGAAAGCAAGCCUGUGUCUGAUCAGACCUUUUCCCAAGAUGCUUCACUUGUAGUGGACAAUGGCGCUGGAAUGAGCAACUCUCAUUUCUAGCUGGUGUGUCUUUAUGUCAUCUCGUGUCAAAUAGGAUGACAGGUUGCAUCUUCUGAACAAAAAAGGUUGUUUUUGCACACGGUUACCUGCUUCAUUUCAUUCCUUUCAGCAUUUGUACAAACGUUGUUUCUUUUUAACUUCUUUUUACCACACUUGUAGAAUAAUGAAAACUGUUUUAGGAACACUAAUAAAAUUAAAAAAGACUGUCA